UAAAAAUGAACCUCCUCCAACCCCAAAAAACUGUCAAUCGUACUGCAACAAUCACCCCAAGUGAACAAGCCCCAGCAGUCCCCUAACUCAAUCGCCCCUGGCUCCAGCCAAACCAUUGCAAUAACAGGUAAACAAUUACACCCAAACCCGUGCCCCCCAUUCCCCCAAAGCCUCGAUCCUCGAAAACCUACCAAAAAUAGGUCACGAGAUCGAGCAGUCAUGUCCCUCCGUCGCACCUGAGUCACCUCCCCCGAGACCUCUAAAAAACUCAUAACCCCCCAGUAAACCGAGAAAAAUGGGCGACCAACAACUGGAGAACCUUCGCAAGUGGCUGGACACCUUUGACCUUGAGGUGCCCCACAGUUCUCCGAAGGACAUAAGUGACGGUGUCGCCCUGGCAGAGGCCCUAGCCCAGAUAGCCCCCGAGUGGUUCACAUCAGUCUGGAGAUCAAAAAUAAAGUCGGACGUGGGGGCAAACUGGCGACUGAGAGUAAGCAAUCUCAAGAAGAUCGUCGAGGCAGUAAUGGAGUACUACUCCGAGUGUCUGAAUCAGCCACUGUCUGGUUACGUGAAGCCAGAUGCCUCGAAGAUCGGUGAGCUCUGUGACACUGACGAGCUACGAAGACUACUACAGCUGGUGCUGGGCUGUGCUGUCAAUUGCACAGACAAGCAGAAGUACAUCACGAGGAUAAUGGGAAUGGAGGAGUCUGUGCAGCAGGCGAUAAUGCAGAGUAUCCAGGAGCUGGAGGGCAGCAUGCACGGUGCAAAGUUGUCACUGGGUGCAAGUCUCAACUUCGAAACGCUGGACGUCGCUGAUGGGGGCCAGCAGAGGCUGCUAGCAGAGCUCCAGAUGGCAGUCGACCUGAAGGACCAACUGGGCCAGCGUUGCCAUGAGUUGGACCAGCAGUUGUCCCUCCUGCAGGAGGAACGAGCUGCCCUCAUCACUGAGAACAAAAAACUCCAGGAGAGACUGGAGGAAUUCGAUAAUCCUGAUAAUUCAGCGUCGAGUCUGAAGUUCUCGGGCCUCAGAAAGCAGAUCGAAACUCUGAAGGAUGAGAUAUUCAAGAUCGAGGGGUCCAGGGACGACUAUCGACUCAAGGUUGAACUCCUGGAGAAGGAGGUGUUCGAGCUGCAGUCCAAGCAGGAGGAGCUUCAGAAAGUCGCUGAGGAGUCCAAUCAGCUGAAGGACGAGAUCGAUGCACUCAAGGAGACUGCUGACAAGGCCACUAAGUACGAACAGACGAUCGAGUCGUACAAGAAGAAGAUGGAGGACCUGAGUGAUUUGAGGAGACAGGUGAAGAUUCUUGAAGAGAAGAACCUGGAGUACAUGCAAUCGAAGAUUGAGUAUGAGGAGGAGAUAAAGCGCGCGUCGAUGGUGAGGAGCCACCUGGAGGGGUGCAAGCAGCAGUUGGCUGAGUGCCAGUACAAGCUCGACGAGCAGACGAAUAAAUGUGACAAAUUGGAGUUCGAGACCAAGAAGUUAGAGGCGAAGUUGUCGUCGGUCCAGCGGGAGAAGGAGAGGCUGAUCAUCGAGAGGGACACGUUGAAGGACACUAAUGAGGAGUUGAAGUGCACGCAACUGCAGAUAGCUGAGAACUCGUCGACUCCGACGAUGGUUCAUGCUGUGUCGAAUGCUGAGUUGAUACCGCCUGAGAUCAAGGAGAAGCUUCUGCUCUUGGAGCACGAGGUCAAGAUGCUUAAGCUCGAGCAAUCUGGGAAUGAUGAAAAACUACCGACUGUUCAGGCUCUAUUGGAUGACUCUGAGGAGCGGCUGAACACUCUCAGGGGGCAGAAUCGGAAGGCCAAUCAGAGGAUUAUGGAGCUGGAGAACAGGAUUGAGGAGCUGACGGAGCAGCAGAGUGGGGAGGUCAAGGUCGAUGGGGCAGCCCUGCAGACUCAGAUUCUACAUCUGCAGAACGAAAUUAAACAGCUCCAGGGGGAGAGGGAGCGUGCGACUCUUCAGGUUGAGGAGAAAGAGGGCACGAUACAGAUGCUGAAGGAGAAGGUUCGUGUUAUCCAGGAGAGUCUCAGCAGAAAAGAGGAGGAGAAUGCUGCACUGGAGGAGAGGUACAAGAAGUACAUUGAGAAGGCGAAGAGUGUUAUCAGGGGCUUGGACCCCAAACUGAGUAAUUCGCCGGGGGAAGUUAUGCUGCUGAGGAAUCAGAUUGUCGAGAAGAGGAAGAAUAUUGAUGACUUGGAGAGGUCGAUGAGGGAGGCCAAGAUACUUAGGGAGAUGGAGGAGAAGCUCAUGAUUUCGGCGUUUUAUAAUCUGGGCCUGGCGUGCCAGAGGGAGAGUGUGGAUCAGAGGCUAGCUGCACUUGGGACCAGCCAGGGGAACUCGUUUCUCUCUAGGCAACGGCAACCUUCCGCCAGGCGGACCAUUCAUCCCACUUAUAAUUCUAAGUGAAUUUUAGAAAAUUGGGGAAAAGAUAGUAUUCUUGAAUCGAGGAUUUUUUCAUUGGGAUUUUUCAUUUUGCAAUUUUUUUUUAUUGCUGCAUAAGAAAAUUUAGUGAAAAAUGUUGGACACGUAUUUUUCAAUUUUGAUGGGUGGUGGAAAAUUAAUUUAUUAUAAAUGAUUGGAAAUGUACGUUGUGACGUCAUAAUCAUUUACUAAAGUUCUGAAAAAAUCUGAACUUGCAUAUUAUAUAUUUUGUUUCAGAACUUUAGUAAACAAGUGGAGUUUCUUAUUUUUUCAAAAUAAAAGGAAUACGUAUCUAAUAUUUUAUAUCAAAUUUUUGGGUUAAGAAUGAGGAAGCCUAAUUUUGGUUCAAAGAUUGCAAACGAUCAGAAUUUAGUCUAAUCAUUCACAUUGGGGCUGUUGCGUCAGAGAGAGAGAGAGAGAAAGAGAGAGAGAGAGAGAGAGAGAGAGAGAGAGAGAGAGAGAGAGAGAGUGUGGAUCAGAGGCUUGCUGUACUUGGGACCAGCCAGGCGGACCAUUCAUCCCACUUCGAAUUCUAAGUGACUUUUAGGAAAUUGGGGAAAAAAUAGCAUUCUUGAAUCGAGGAUUUUUUCAUUGUGAUUUUCCAUUUUGCAAAUUUUUUCAUUGCUGGACAAGAAAAUUUAAUGAAAAAUGUUAGACACGUAUUUUUCCAUUUCGAUGAAUAAUGGAAAUUUAGUGAAUUAGAAAUUAUUGUUGAACAGAUGUUUAAUGAACAGACGUUUCUUCAAUUGGCUCUGUCUUCUUUAUUUGUCAAAAUAAAAUUUCUAUUUGAGAAAUCCUCAUUUUUAAUUAAAAAAUUGAAUGUAAUCAUUCAGGAGAUAAUUUUCAAGGGAAGAAAUCGAAAUUCUAGAUUUGUGAAAAGAAAAAUUCCCAAAUCACGAAGAAUUUUCUUUUGAAUUGGUACUAGUAAUAUUCUUGAAUCAAGAAUAUUCCGAGUUAUGGUGAUUAUUCGUCCCUUUGUAUAUAGUAAAAAGGAGAGAUAAUGUAUUUUAAAUGGUUCCAUACCGUAAUAUAUUUUUAAGAAAUUUUUAUUAUACAGUUAUAGAAUUUAGAGUUACCAUAUAGUCAUGUUUGUCUUCACUCUAUCAAGCAAUAUGUUAACGUUAUUUUAAAGUGAUAAUCAGUGAUAGAUUCUGUUAGUUAAGAUGCAGUAGAUUCUGGAGUCUUCAAAGAUUGUACGAUUGAGGGAAUUCAUGCUGAUUAGAAACAAGAGAAUUUGUGAAAGAGAAAAUAAAUUAAAUUCAUUUUAUUAUUCAUUGGAACAAAAAUAAUCUGAAGACUUAUAAUUUUAUUUUGUAUUUACAAAUGGCUCAGUUGUUUGGGCAUUCAGGAACUGGAAACUGCUAGUUGCUCUAAAAAUUUUCGCCUGUUGUUCUCCACUUUGUUCGUGAACGCAGCUGCGCGUAACGAGCAAGACUGGUCAAUGGCUUUUUGGUGGAUUUUCAAUUUCUCCAGCUGCGCGUAACUGCGUUGAUAGUGGAACACAGCUAUCAGUAGGUCCCAUAUGCUGGACUCUGGCCAGAGAACAUUGGUAAAAUGUACGUAGGAGUGAGAAAUCUAUUGAAAAAAACAACAAGUGUUAUUGAUAAUUUUAUAAUGAGUUCAAUAAAUUUUUCAAGUUUGAUGCA